AUGAGGCUUCUUCAGCUUGGAGAAGGAGAUGAACUGUUGCUGACAAGAGAUCUGAUAAACCAUACUCUGCCUUACGCCAUCCUCUCGCACACUUGGGGACAAGGAGAUGACGACGAAGUUCUCUUCCACGAUAUCAUAAAUAAGACGGGCAAACACAAACCUGGCUACCAGAAGAUCCUAUUCUGCGGGCGCCAGGCCAGACGCGAUGGCCUCGACUAUUUCUGGGUAGACACUUGCUGUAUCGAUAAGACCAGCUCGGCCGAGCUAUCAGAAGCAAUCAACUCGAUGUACCGGUGGUAUCAAAAUGCUCAACGCUGCUACGUGUACCUGUCCGACGUCUUACCUAGCAGCGGUCCUAGUGAGAAAGACCUUUCACAUUGGAAGCCCAGUUUCCACCAAAGCAGAUGGUUUAAUCGUGGAUGGACGUUGCAAGAGCUAAUUGCGCCACGACACGUGAGUUUCUUCUCAUCAGAUGGCGGUUGGCUUGGCGACAAGCAGUCGCUUGAGCAGGAGAUCCAUAAAAUCACCAGUAUUCCUGUUCCAGCUCUGCAAGGAGUUUCGCUUUCCACUUUUGACACAGAAGAGCGAAUAUCAUGGUCUGUCCAUCGAACCACAACACGCGCAGAGGACAAGGCGUAUUCUCUACUCGGCAUCCUAGGUAUCCAUAUGCCACUCAUUUACGGCGAAGGAGAGGAAUCGUUUGACCGACUUCGAGCGGCACUUUCGUCUCAGACCUUUGGAAAAUCCCAAGCUACUCAGACCACAGGACUGGAUUCUCAAGCGGAUUUGAGAAAGCUCCUACUUGAAGACCAGUCAAUAUACAGCCACUUCUCUCAACGUUUCUUAUUAGAAAAUUUUGAUAUUGCAGGGCCUUAUCAGCGCCGAGCUUUAUCCACUGGCACGCAAUUCCAUCCCGAGGACAAUGGAAUCUGGACAUUUUCGAAAGCUGACCUAGUUUUCAUCAAAACCAAAAAUACCACGAAUGGCAAGGUCGAAGUCCACAGGUCGACCUUUGAUUCGCGCUUCCAGGACAAAAUCUCGAUUGAAUCUUGUUUCAACAUUGAGGAUAAUGGCACUUGGUUGAUGCAAGACUACACUGGAGAUGGGACACCGGACCUGGUCUAUAUCAAGACGAAGAACACGCCUGAUGGAAACGUUGAAAUCCAUGCUGCUAGUGGAGAUACUGGCUACAAGCAGCUUCAUCACAGGAGGACAAAUAUGCGAACCGAGGACGAUGGCACCUGGACUAUGGAUAGCAACGGUGAUCUAGUCUAUAUCAAGACCAGGAAUACCGGCAGUGGCAAGAUCGAGGUUCACGUCUUGAGCAAGGCUUCAAACUAUCAGACGUUUUCCGUGCACCAGGCAACAACAUUUAAUAUUGAGAACGACGGGGUUUGGUGCAUACAGCGCUCUCCGUGGCUGUCAAACGGCUCGGAGCAAGCUACAGGAAGUGCUCCAUCUAGGUACAAUGAUUUGUACUACGUCAAGACUAAUAACACCGGCACUGGUACAGUGGAGGUUCACAUGGCUACAGGUUGUUCAGAUUGGAGUCAACAUGUGAUACAUGUUGGAAGCAAUUUCCUCCUAGAGGAUGACGGAUUUUGGUUGAUGGCAUAUAUUACGCAGCAGGGUGCUGAUCAGCAGCACCCUGAUCUGGUCUACAUCAAGACACGCAACACGGGGUCUGGUUCCGUUGAAGUACAUGUCAACAGGUACUAG